ACCGCCCGUCUUCAUCGGGAGACAGGAUGCUGCUCUCAACCGGCGGACUCGACGGGCUCGCCGCCCUCGCAGCCGCCGUGCAACAGCAGCGCGCACACUACACUGCGCCGCCCGCUGACGAGCGACUCGCUGCACUCGACUUGUUGGGCGACCAGCCGCUCGUCGAUAAGCGUCCCCUUGAGGACGGGCAGCCGCCGCCCGAGGCCAAGCACCCCCGCGCUCCCAAGGCCCUCCCGAAGGCCCUCCCGCCGGGAUGGACGGUCCAGCGGCGCAAGGCGGUGGCGCGCUCGUACAACGUUUUCCACGGCCCGAAUGGGGAGCGCGCCGUCUCCAUCGCCGACGCGUGGCGCAAGGACCAGGGCAUUCCUCCGUCACCGCCGGCGCCGCGGCCGCCGCCGCCACCGGCCGUAGCAUCCGGAGCGGGACGGGAGCGGGAGCCUGGCGACGGCGGCGAGCCGCCCCGGAAGCGGCGCUCGGGAGGGCGCGGAGGCACCCGCUCGGGUGGAGGGGUGGUGUGGGAGGAGUGCACCGAGGUGGGCAAACCGCCGCCGCGCGCAGCCUCCGCCUCCGCCGCCACCUCGGUGCGGGCAGCUCUCUCCGUCAGCGGCGGCGGCGGCGUGUCGCUCACACUUCGCGUGUGCUGCGCCAGCCCGAAGGAGGCGGCCGCGGCGGCGGCGAGGAGCAACCGGCAGAGCCGGCAGCUGGCGGCGCUGCAAGACUACCUCCACAAGGGCCGAGCCGACAAGUGCGCCAACGAGUCCCUCGCCUCCGUCGCGGACCAGAUUGCAGAGAAGCGGCGCGGCGGCACGGCCAUCCAGUGGGGGUGCGUCUGCGCGGGAGGCGUGCUACGCGGCGGUGCCGAGCUGCAGUGCCGCUCGUGCGCCCUCACCUUCCACUCCAAGUGCGAGCGGCUCGACUACACACCCGCGGAGCUCGCGCGCUUCGCCGCCGACAAGACGUUCCUUUGCUCGUCGUGCCAGCAGCAGGAGCUGCAGCGCGCGGGGUACGACCCGUCGGCCGGCCGCUUCGUCUGGCAGUGCCAGUCGUGCACGCGCUGCUUCGAGGCGGAGGAGCACCGCACCGCCGAGCGGCACGGCGCUCGCUGUGCUGCAGAGCUGGAGCGCCGCGAGUGGUCCUGCGUCUGCGCCGACCCGAGGGCGCGCAAGGCCCUCGCGACAGAGUGUGCCGACUGCGGCCGCUGGUUCCACUACGGGUGCAAGGCGCAGUACCGCGACGGCGGCGCGAAGGACCGCUGCAUCGCGUGCGAGGACGCGGCCGACGACGCCGACGCCGCGGCCAUGGCCGCAGCGCCGCCGCAGCAGCACCGUCGCGCGACGGCCGCCGCCGCCGCCUCCGCGGUGGCGGUGGCGGUGCGGCCAUCCACGCUCGGCGAGGCGGCGGGGCUCGGCCUCUUUGCGCGCGAGCGCGUGCAGCCGGGCGAGGUGGUCUCGACGUACCACGGCUCGCUGCUGUACAAGGAGGAGAUGGCGCCCGAGGCGGACGCGUCCUACAUCGUCCGGCUGCCGAACGCGGGCGGCGCGCUCGUCAACGGCAAGCCGUACGCCGACGCCAUCCGCGCGAACCCCGCCAACCCGUCAGCGGACGGGUGCCACGUGCCGCUGGCCGGCGCAGCCGCGUGGGGCUUCGGCGCGGGCGCGAUGGCCAACGACCCUCGCGACAAGCGGCGCACGAACGCGCUGCUCGCCUUCGUCAAGCCCGCCGCCGUCGGGAAGGCCGUCGCCGACCUCGCCGUCGUGCGGCCGGUGCUUCUCGCCACGCGGCAGAUUGAGCCCGGCGAGGAGGUCUUCUACUCGUACGGCUCGAACAAGCCCUUCGAGCGGCUGCGGCAGGCGCUGCAGGCCGCGCAGCAAAAGGAGGCCAAGGGCAAGCAGAUAGGCUGCAAGCUGGUGUGGCGUGAGCACGGCGUGAUUUGACCAGAGCGCGCUCUGCCAGCGGUGAACGGGAGGGGCGCGGCGGACGAGCGGUCUGCCAGCAGCCGCCCCCCACGACGAUGGUCAAUACGCGAUAGCCCGAUCGAUGAGCUCUAACGUCUUGUACCUAUGUGUACGCUGUGGGAGGGGCGUCGGGUAAACGUACAGUUUCGCAUGUGUCGUAUGAGUUCGUUAUAUUC